GUGAUAGAGUCCCUGAGCUCCACCAACACAAGCAUUGAGAAGCGCAGGACUGAACGCAUCUAGCACGAUGGAAAUUGAACGGCGUUGUUCUGCAAUAAAAGUGGAGUUUAUUAAUCUGAAAUAAUUUUUAAUGGUGUGUUAAAAAUGGGAAAUGUGCAGACGUGAAAAGAAGACGCGAUUACGGUUCAGCACUCUGGACAGCGCACGCAAGUUGCGCCUGACGCAACUCACCGGAGUUAUUUGGUCUCUGCUCAAUAAAACGUCGCGUUUAACCGACGAAGGAUCAUGCAACUCGUAACAUAUUUACCAAUAACAGGGGCAAAUACACCGCAAGUGGACUUUUAAAGUGAGAAAUGGACUUUGCGGAAAUCCUAUUUGCUUUGUUUAUCGUCGUGGUCGCGAUCGUUUCUCUGUUGUCGAACUUACUGGUGUUGCUAUGUUUCAUCCACAGCGGCGAAAUACGCCGACAGGUGCCAGGUGUGUUCACCAUGAACUUAUCGUUUUGCAACAUACUCAUUUCCGUCCUGAACAUGCCGUCCACUUUAGUGGGGAUUGUAAAAAACCAGCAGCCUUUUGGGGACUGCCUCUGUCGCACGGUCAGCUUUCUGGAGACCUUUCUGACAGCCAACAGCAUGCUGAGCAUGGCAGCGCUCAGUAUAGAUCGCUGGAUCGCCGUGGUUUUCCCGCUGAGUUACUCCAGCAAAAUGCGCUACCGGGACGCGCUGGUCAUGGUAUGUUAUUCGUGGCUUCACUCGUUCACAUUCUCCCUCAUCCCGCUGCUUUUCUCCUGGUUUGGCUACAGUCCCAUUUACGCAUCCUGCACGUUGCAUUUGGACGAGGAGAGCUCACGGAUUAAGUUUACCGUGUUUACAAUCGUCUUUCAUGCCACCAGCUUCACGCUCUCCCUCCUGAUUUUGUGCGUUACAUACUUAAAGGUGUUAAAAGUUGCCCGCUUUCACUGCAAGAGGAUUGACAUUAUAACCAUGCAGACCCUCUUCUUACUGGUAGAUAUUCACCCAAGUGUAAAGCAACGCUGUCUCGCGGAACAAAAGAGGAGGAAACAGCGCGCAACUAAGAAAAUCAGCAUUUUCAUUGGAUCUUUCAUCAUCUGUUUUGCUCCUUAUGUCAUUACAAGGUUGGCUGAGCUUCUUCCCCUUGUGGAUAUUAACCGACACUGGGGUAUUGUCAGCAAGUGUUUAACAUACAGUAAGGCAGCUUCAGAUCCCUUCGCAUACUGCCUCCUGCGGCAGCAGUACAAGAAGGUCUUGGUAACAGUAGCCAAUCGGCUGCUAAAGCGUGAUUUGUACCCCUCCUCUGGACACAGCAGCUCUAUGGACACAGAGAAUGACUACAGUCUUCAAAGGAUUAGCUAAUGACACAAUUGCACAAGCUGGAACAUCUCAAUGCCUUGAUUUCAAAAGUGUGUGAGAAAGAACGUCUAAUUGUGUGUGCGUGUGUGUGUGUGUGUGUGUGUGUGUGUGUGAGAGAGAGAGAGAAUGAGAUGGAGAAACAGAGGAUUGUGUGCCGCUGUUGGGGAUGGUACUGUAACAUUG